UCCAGCGGGCUGUGUGACUGGGAUGGUGGAAGGGAGCUGGUAUCUUUGUGGUGAAAUGUGCUCAUGUUUAAUGUGAAGCGGGUCGGAACCUCUCUCAGAGCCCGUGUGGAGUGACCUGUUGGGCUGGCGAAAUGACCACCAAAGCGUUAGGUGAUGUGGCGGCUCUCUCCCUAGCCGAGGCUCCGCUCCACCAUGCCCCAGAGCCCGGUCUCCAGUGAGGAUGAGAGGCGGAGUGGCUCCGAGUUCCUGGGGGAGUCUGACACCGAGAGCUCCGAGGACGGGGCCGUGCGGGGCGGCGCCGCCGCCGACUCCACCGUCACCCCGCCGAGACCCAUCCACACCGAUUUCAGUAUGAUGGUGUUCCGCAUCGGCAUUCCCGACCUCCAGCAGACGAAAUGUCUUCGAUUUAACCCUGAUGCCACUAUUUGGGCAGCAAAGCAGCAGGUGUUGUGUACUCUAAACGAGAGCCUGAAGGAUGUGUUGAACUAUGGCCUGUUCCAGCCAGCCAGUAAUGGACGAGAUGCCAAGUUUUUAAACGAAGAGAAGCUCCUCCGAGAAUACCCGCAAUCCUUUGAGAAGGGGGUGCCUUAUUUGGAGUUCCGUUACAAGACACGCGUUUAUAAACAGACCAACCUGGACGAGAAGCAGCUAGGGAAGCUGCACACCAAGGCCAGUUUGAAGAAGUUCUUGGAAUAUGUCCAACAUGGCGCAGCGGAAAAGAUUCUUAAGCUCCUGGAUAAAGGGCUGGACCCCAACUUCCAUGAUGCAGAAACUGGAGAAGUGCCGCUGACCCUGUCCACACAGCUGGAGAACUGCCCGGAUGUUAUCCGAGUGCUGUGUCUCGGAGGGGCACACAUCGACUUCCGAGCGCGGGAUGGGAUGACCGCUCUUCACAAGGCAGCCAUUAACGGCAACUACAAUGCAGUCCUGACCCUCCUGGAGCAAGGGGCAUCCCCGAAUUACAAGGACCGGCGAGCGCUGACUCCUCUCUACCACACGGCCAUCGUAGGCGGCGACACCAGCUGUUGCGAGCUCUUGCUCUACAACCGGGCUCAGAUCGGCUUUGCUGAUGAGAAUGGCUGGCAGGAGAUUCACCAGGCUUGUCACCAUGGUCACGCACAACAUCUGGAACAUCUGUUGUUCUAUGGAGCAGAAAUCAACAGCCUGAAUGCGUCGGGGAACACGGCGCUCCACUUGUGUGCUCUCUACAACAGGUAUAGCUGCACUCGUAUCCUGCUUUACCGGGGAGCCAACAAAGACAUGAAGAACAACAAUCGACAGACGUCCUUCCAGGUUGCCAUUAUUGCAGGCAACUUUGAACUGGGCGAGUUCAUCAAGAAUCACAAGGACACGGAUGUGGUUCCAUUCAAGGAGACGCCCGUCUACGCACCCCAGCGGCGGGAGGGGCACAACGCGCUCACCAUCCCCCACACCCUGCAGCGUUCCAGCAGCGACAACAACCUCAACAUUCCCGAGUGGCUGACCUUCUCGGCCGGGCAGGCCCCCCGCAACCCCAAUGGCACCUUGCGGAGCGUCAGCAGUCCCCGGGGGGGGCGCAGCCGCUCCCCAUCCCGCAGCCGGCAGGGCGAGGACCCCAAGAAGCAGCAGCGUGGCCGUCUCAGCUCGGCCAUGGGUAACAAGGACCCCGUGGGCAGCACCCUGGGCCGUGGUGGUAUGAAGCGGAAGUUGUACAGCGCCGUUCCGGGAAGAGUCUUUGUGGUGGUGAAGUCGUACCAGCCGCAGGGCGAGGGGGAAAUCCAGCUCAACAAGGGUGAAAAGGUCAAAGUCCUCAGUAUCGGAGAAAGGGGAUUCUGGGAAGGCACUGUGAAAGGGCGGACAGGCUGGUUCCCCGCAGAGAACGUGGAGGAGGUCCCAAAUAAGCCCCAGGACACCAAACAUGAGAGUCGCAGUGAAAAGGCAAAGCGGUUGUUCCGACACUACACAGUGGGAUCCUACGAUAGCUUCGAUGCUCCAAGUGACUACAUCAUCAAAGAGAAGACCGUGCUACUGCAGAAAAAAGACAGUGAAGGAUUUGGAUUUGUGCUUCGGGGAGCCAAAGCCCAGACACCUAUUGAGGAGUUCACUCCCACCCCGGCCUUCCCCGCACUUCAGUACCUCGAGUCUGUGGAUGAGGGUGGAGUGGCCUGGAGAGCAGGACUGCGAAUGGGUGACUUCCUGAUUGAGGUGAACGGACAAAACGUGGUGAAGGUGGGGCACCGGCAGGUGGUGAACAUGAUCCGGCAGGGUGGCAACAACCUCAUGCUCAAGGUCGUCAUGGUAACACGCAACCCCGACAUGGAGGAAGCCUCCCGAAAGAAAGUCACAUCACAAAACAAACGGCUGACUCCUCCCACAAUUGCCCUGCGCUCAAAAUCGAUGACCUCAGAACUCGAGGACCUAGCCUCGCCAUGGAACAAGAAGAGCGAUUACGAGCCUCCGCAGACAACAGAGAAGAGGAGGAAGGUGUACCAGAUGGCAUUAAACCGACUGGACGAGAUACUGGCUGCGGCCCAACAAUCCAUCGCCAACGAGACUGCCGGAGGUCAGGCCGGUCUCCCCAAACCCAGGCCGGCCGCCAGAACCUACUACAGCGCAGAGCCACUGUAUGGUCAGCAGGGAAUGUCGGUGAUGGGGCCACCAAUCAGCUUCGAUCGGCCAUACCUGGCUGCCCAGCAAGGAAUGAUGCGGCAGAAGUCAAUGGGUGCCUCGGAGGAGGAGAAGCAGUUCCUGGUGCCUCCUGCCUUCAAGUUUGCCCGCAGCCUCUCAGUGCCCAGCGCCGACGACAUCCCGCCGCCCCCCACCACCGCCCCCCCAGACCCCCCGUUCAACCUGGCCCAACCCCGCUCGGGACCCCCGCCCCCUCCCAUGGUCCCAGGCCCUCCCUCUGCCCGCUCCCCCUUCAACCCGGCCGGGGUGGGGGUGGGGGAGCCGGGCGGCCUGUACGCCAGCCUGCGGCAGGAGCUGGGUGAGGCCCAGGCCAAGGCGGAGGCCAAGGAGAGGCACAAGCGGGAGAAAGCCAUGGUCUUCCGGCAGGGGAGCGACCAGCUGCCCGAGGAGAGGCCGCCUCACCUCGCGGCCGCCGGGGGGGCCCCCGUCCCCCCCUCGGCCCAGCCCAGCGCCCGGAGCCGGCGGGGCCAGGCCGCCGAGGCCCGCUACACCAACCCCGCCAGCCGGCUGGCCAGCACCGCCAUGUACGUGCCGGCCAAGCCGCUGCGGCGCAAGGGCCCGCUGGUCAAGCAGUCCAAGGUGGAGGACGAGCAGCAGACGCAGCAGGACAAGACGUGCUCCAUCCCCAUCCCCACCAUCAUCAUUAAGGCACCAUCCACCAGCAGCAGCGGCCGCAGCAGCCAGGGCAGCAGCGUGGAGGCCGACGUGGGCCCCGACCCCACCCACGCCCGCGACAGCCUGGACUUCACCAGCCAGUUUGGGGCGGCCAUUGUGGGGGCUGCCCGCCGCGACCGCGAGCGCUACAUGGAGGCCCGGCACAAGUCGGCCAUCUUCCUGUCGACGGACGGGGUAGAGCGCGAGGCCCAGGGGCAGGCCCAGGCUGCGGCACGGCUGGCCCACUCCAAGUCCAUCGACGAGGGCAUGUUCAACAACGCCGAGGCCUUCCUCAACAUCAUGGCAUCUGCUGGCCGGGGCUCAGCCUUGGCCUAUCAGGCUAAGGGGCCCAAGCAGGCCUCGGGGCCUGGCAGCGCCUUCAGCUCCCCCGCCACGGGCUUCGGGCAGCGGGGAGGGGGCGUGGGGGCGGCAGGCACCUUCAUCCACCCGCUGACGGGCAAGGUGCUGGACCCCGAGUCGCCCCUGGGUCUGGCCCUGGCAGCCCGCGAGCGCUCGCUCAAGGAGCAGCCCAAGCCUGAGGCAGAGGAGUGCAAGGCCCGCUACGCCGACCCGGGCCUGGGGGAGGUGGCCAAGCCCCUGGCGGCGGGAGGGGGGCCGACCGCCCCUCAGAGGGCGGAAGAGGCACCCCUGGAGCCCCAGCGGACAGAAGAGGGGGAGGGGGUGGGGGAGGGAGGGGCGGCUCCCCCUGAGGCCCACGCCCAGGCCCACCUGGUGGAGAACUCCCACCUGCCGCCUGCCCCUCAGGCCCACCCGCCCGAGGUCCUCCCGCUCACCGCCCUCCCCCCUCCCGCCCCCUCAGUCGACGCCGACGAGGAGUUCGUCUUCAGUGACCCGCUGCCCCCUCCCCUCGAGUUCUCCAACAGCUUCGAGGGGCCCGAGGUGCCGCCCCCGCCCAGCUCCCCCCCUCCGCCACCCCCUCCCCCUCCUCCCCCUCCGCUGCCCCCGGCCACCCCCGAGGCCCACAGCCUGCCCACCGUGGACUCCACCGGCUCCAGCCUCACCUCCUACGACAGCGAGGUGGCCACCCUGACCCAGGCCCCUCCAAAGGAGGGGCAGGGGGGCUGCCCCGAGGGGGCAGGGGCCGGGGCUGGGGGAGGGGGCUGCCCGCCCUCGGCUGAGACCCCGCCCGAGACAGUGGGCGACUCGGGCAUCGAGGAGGUGGACAGUCGGAGCGGCAGCGAGCACCACCUGGAGACCAUCAGCAGCGCCUCCACCCUGUCCAGCCUCUCGGGCCUGUCGACCGAGGGCAACGGCCUGCUCGACACCUACAUCGCCUACCUGGACGGACAGGUGCUGGGCUCCGACGGGCCCCCGGCCUACCCCUGCCGGCCCAGGUCCCGGCCCGCCCCAGGGCGGGGCCUGUCCCGCGAGCUGUCCUGCGCCCCCGCCAACCCCCCCUUCCUCCCGCCGCCCCCGCCCCAGCAGGCCGCCCCGUCCAUCCACGCCCCCAAGCCCCCCAUCCCGGUGUGGGAGGAGCCGCUCCACCCCAAGGCCCCGAGCAUGGCGUCCAUGAAGGCCAGCAUCAUCAGCGAACUGAGCUCCAAGCUGCAGCAGAUGAGCGGAGGGCCGUGGGCCAGGCACGGAGACAACGUGGGACCCCCCAUCGCCGCCAAGCCACCGCCCCCCCGCCACAGGCUGUCCGACGACUCCACCCUGGGCGUGGUGGGGCAGAAGCCUCCGGUGAGCAGCACCUUCCAGAACUGGCCCAAGACCCCCCAGCACGUGCCCAAGCCCCCCAAGACGGUGGAGUUCGACAUCAAGCCGGCACUGAGGAGGGCCCCCAGCCCCUCCAUGUCCCAGGCGGAACCACGGACCAGCCCGGCCACCCCCCGCCCCUCAUCCCUGCCCAUCCUCCCCUCGGCCGUGGGUGCGCCCCCACCGCCGGGAGGGGCUUACGACGCGCACAGUGCCCCUGCUUCGGGGGGCAACAGCUACUCCAGCUUCCCGCCGGGCAGUCGGGCGCACUCGCCUGCUGCAGGGUUCCAGUCACCACCUCCUGUGCCCCCGGACAAGCCCUUUGCCGCCAAACCUCUGGCCUUCUGGACAAAGUUCGACGUGGCCGACUGGCUGGAGUACCUGCAUCUGGGGGAGCACAAGGAGCACUUCCUGGACAACGAGAUCGACGGCAGCCACCUGCCCUCCCUGCAGAAGGAGGACUAUGUGGACCUGGGCGUCACCCGCGUCGGCCACCGCAUGAACAUUGAACGGGCCUUGAAGCAGCUCCUCGAGAGGUGAUCCCAGGGUGUGGGGCUGCUACACGUGGGUUCCCCCCCUCCCCACCAACCUUCCUCCUCAACACCCAUCCCACCCCUCCCCCAUUCUCCCCCCCACUCUCCCAAUCCCUCCACCACCAACUCCCCUCCCAAUGUAUCACCCCCACAUCCCAAGCCCUACACCCCCAACCCCUUCACCGCCACCCAACUACUACCACCCUCAAUCCCCCCCACCCUUCCCCAAACCAAUCGCUACCCUAACCAGCACCACCAACCACCCCCCCCCGCACUCCUUCACCCCUCCACCCCAACCCCACCACCCCCUUUAGAAACCAAUUCCACUGGAAGGAUGGUGAAUGUACGAAGCCAACACUUGCAUAGUAGAUGCUACAAGAACUCCAACACCAGCGCCCCCUCUGAUCAGCAGCAGAGAUUUCAGCACCGCGUGCCGAGGGGGAAUCAGACGCUGGCCGCCGUGCAGACAGAUCGUCACAGCCUGACCUCGGGGAGCUGAGGAUUCUUCUUCACUUUUUUAACUGUGAAAGAAGUGCUGGUUUCCCUUGUUGCCAGCUCUCAGUGCGUGUGGGGCCCAGCACUUCUCACCUGUCCUCCUGCUGAUUCCCAGGGUCCAAGGAAACCAUUUUGCCUCAUUUUCUUACCACCCACCCCCACCUCACCUGCCCCCCUGUUCACCCCUUGAGAGGAUCGCAAAACUCCCCUCACCAACCCCAGCCUCGGUGGAAAGUUGCAACCUCCUCAAUACACACACACACAAACCUGCAUUUAGAAGUUCACACAUACACACAACCAUACAUGAACACACCCACAUACACGGACAUGUGGAUGUAUACCUAUCAGCACACUUGAGUAACGUGCUAUAGAUAAAGGGGAACUGGUGAAUUUACUGCACUUAUCAGAAACAUUUGCUGAUGUGUCACGUCAUUAUUUCAGGAGAUGAAAGCUGAUGCUGCAGGAGGUAACAUACUGGUAUAGAUAGGCAGGAAACAGUUGGUGUAAAGAGUUUUUUGUCAGAUGGAAUGAGUGUUGUGUCACAGGGAUCAGUCCGAGACCUCAGCUCCAUCCAAUUUAUACAAGUGACUUGGACGAAGGGUGGUGGCUACAUUUGCUAAUGGUACAAAGACAGGUAGGAGGGCAGGCUGUGAAGAGGUUAUAGGGUUGUAGAGGGUUAGGUGAGUGACAAAGAUGUGAUAACUGAAGUAUGACCUUGGAAAAUGUGGAAUUAUUCAUUUUAGCAAGAAAUAGAGAAAACCAGAUUAUCCAAACUGAGGCUUCGCAGGGCUCUGAGGUGCAGAGGGAUCGGAGUGAAUCAGUGCACGGUUUGCAAAAGGCUCGUAUGCUACAAGAACAAAUGCUGGAAGAAGUCAGUCAGGCAGCAUCUAUGGAAAGAGAAACCAGUUAAUGCUUCAGGGUGAAGACCCUUCAAUAGAACUGGGACAGAGAGAGAGGCUGGUAUGUAGGUGCAGCAAGUAAUUAGGAAACCAGACAGAUCAUUGUUAUUUAUUGUGAGAGGAAUUCAGUACAAAAAAGCAAUUACAAAAUUAUGCUUCAGUUAUGUAGAGCGUUAGUGAGAUCACAUCUGGAGUACAGUGUACAAUAUUUGUCUCCUUACCUAAUGGAGGAGGUUAAUUCACUGGAAGCAGUUCAGAGAAGGUUCACUAGACUGACGCCAGGAAUGGGCAGUUGUGUCAUGAGGAAAGUUUAGACACGCUGGACUGGAGUUUGAGAGAGUGAGAGGUGACUUGAUUAAGACACCAGAACCUGAGUGGUCUCGAUGGGCUGGGUGUGCAGAGGGGGUUUCCUCUUGUGGGAGAGUCUGGAACCAGGGGUCACUGCUUAAAAAUAAGGGAUUACCUGUUUAAGGCAGAAGUGAGGUGAGAGACGGCAAACGUUGACAUUAUUGGAGCAGGCUGUUGGUGUACACUCAGCCGUACACACACUAGUACUGACACACUCACUGAUCCAUACCUACACAUUCAACUUGUGUGCAUUUGCUCACACACACAUUCACUGCUGCACUCUUGCACCAGUGCUCAAGGUGCACACACACCGUCACACUCGCAUUGACACACACAGACUUGCACCCUCACACACUUCCUCAUUUGCUUGCACACUCAUUCUUGUAACCACACACACACACACACACACCAGUUCACACUUGCACAUGCAAACACUUUUCAGUGGAGUGUAUUCUCAGAAACUAUAGAAGAUGGAGCCUCUCACGGCAUCGAGCCCAGAUCCUCAGGUUAGGGAACGUUUUAGGGUUCUGUCCACUGAUGAGGUCCCAAUUUCAACUAUUCAGUGCUGGGGAGUAGCCGAGAGCUGUACCAGAGCUCUGUGCUUGGUUGGGAGUGGGGCGUACCUGGAUUGGAAUCCAACUUCAGUGAGAAAGUUGCUGUAAGCACCCCCUCUGAACCGCCACCCAUCAACUCCUCCUCCUUCAAUGGCAGGAAGCAGAGUAAGGGAGCUGUUACCUGCAGCCCAGGUGUCUCUCCUGUCUCAUCAGGGAGUGUGUGAUGGACAGGAGUGAAUCCAGCUCUCAUCAGGUAGAUGGUUUCCAGGUAAUGACCAGGGCUGGGCUUCAGAACCUCGAAGGGAACCCUGACUUGGUGAACCCUCGCACAUCUCAAUGGGAGAGGUGGGAGGAGGUAGCACUGUGUCCAAAGGUAAGAUUAAGACAUGGGGAUCUCUUGUAUUCAGACAACAUUUGGUGUGACUUGUGUACCAGAAGGUCCUGAGAAGCAGCUUGGGCCCCUUGAUCACUGUCCCAUGACCCCCACCACUACUGAAGAGAGGGCGAGGACAGUGAUUUCAGGAGACAUUCGAGGCAGUGUGAGGAGAUUAAGCCCACUGCUGCAAGAAUUAACUUGCUUCUCCUUCUGAAUGCGGGUGGGGGUUGGGUUUGAAGGCCUCCCCUGUCACCAGCCCUGGGAUGGCACCUGUACGAGGCCCAGAGACUUGAGCUAGUGGGAAGGAGUUGUGCAGGAGGAUCUGGUCACCAAGCUGUGGAAUCAGCAGGCUGUGAUGGCUGAUGCCUUCAUGAGGAAGGGUUGAAGCCAAGACCUUCUGGCAAACCAACUAAUGCGCAUAAAUAGUUCCAUGUGAGCUAGCGGAACAUUCCAGGUCAUUGCCCAGAUGCUGAAAGCAAAUUUCUUUUCCUAGACCGGAUUCUCCACUUCUCUAACUUACUUUGAACAAAUACUAUUGAGAAUAUAUCACAUGACUUUAUUUUUGAACCAGAUUGCAGCCACCACCUGCAGCCUCCUGAGAUACAGCACGAAGACAGGCCCUUCAGCCCAAUGAGUCCACCCCACCAUCAGACACCCAUCGACACCAAUCCCAUUUUAUUCUCCCCAUGUUCCAAUCAACAACCCCCCCCCCCCCCCGCCCCUGCCCCACAUAUUCCACCACUCAGCUACACAUUGGGGGUAAUUUACAGCAGCCAGUUAACCCACCAGCACGUCUUUGGGAUGUGGGAGGAAACCGGAGCACCCAGGGGAACCCACACGGUCAAAGGGAGAACGUACAAACUCCACACAGACAGUACCCGAGGUCAGGAUUGAACCUGGGUCUCUGGAGCUGUGAGGCAGCGGUUCUACUAACUGUGCCAUUGUCCUGCCCCAAAUUAUUCUGGGUUUCUUGCCGCCUGUCAAAUGCCUACAUUUUCGAGAUGCCUUGGUCAAAGCCAACUUACGUGAACCUUCCCACCUUCUGGGAACAUCCCUCCCUUCAGCCUUGUGAUUCAUCCCUCGCCAGUAGGAACAAGUUGACAAGAUCAAGGUGACAGCCUGGUUAAAAUUGGGCAAGGGGGUGGGAGUCAGUUUUGGCUUCCCCAAAGAGGGAACCCUUCACUGUGUUAGGGAGUUGCCCUGGCAGCCAGGCAGGAUUGGGGAGUUGUCCACACAGAAGAUGGGUGACCCUGGAGGUGUCACCUGCCCUGAGAGUAGGGGCAACAGGGCAGGCAGUGUGAGAUGUGGUCACUGGAUCAGCCCGACAAGGGUUACAGUCCAAGCCAGUUGGUGGUUGGGGAGGAGGGGGUAUGCUGUGGUUGCCUCUUCCCCUCCCCCACUGUGGCAGGCAGGGCGAUUCCCAUUGACACCCCCCACACCCACCCCCCCACCAAUUCUCCACCCCUUCCUCUGUCCUCAGUGGUGGGGGUGAAGGAGACGAUGUCCUGGGAUCAUCCUGCAACCUGCCUGCAGGGUUCCAAAGGGGUGCCUAUUGCACUGUAGGCAAGGCUAUCAGUCAAAUUGUCUUCCAUGUGGACAGAAGUGUGAUCCCCCUGCCGUUUACCCUCCCCACUCCCCACCCCACCCAUCCAAUCAACGUCUCACAAUGUCCACAAAGGCGUAUCACCUGUUCUGUACCUGUUUCCAUUCGUUACACAACCUGGUCGUUGAUUGGGCGGGGACGGUGAAGGUUGAGUGGGUGAGAAGAGGUGGGGGAGGCCAUGUUGUGUCCAUCACAGGGGGUAGGGUGCCCGGGCUGGCAGUCUGUUGGUAACAAGAGCUGGAAGGUGAUUGGAAAAUCGAGCAUCGAUGGUGAAAGUAGAAAGGGCAGAGUGUAAAGAAAGCCUCACAUUCCCCUCGCAAGGAGUGUGAUGCUAACAGUGCAAUAAUAGAGCAUCUGUGUGUCCCUCACACAGGCCAAUACCAAUUUGAUUUUACAUUUAGAUUUUUAACAAGUAUUUAAAAGGGUUGAAAAUUGUAUGCUGAUUAUGGAGAUAAGAACUGGCAUCUGCGUGGUGUUUAGUGGUGGUGCCUUCUGCUCAAACGCCUCUCAUUGCUUCGAGUUCAUCGCCAUGUUGUAUUUAACCCUGAAAAGGUGCAAGUUCAAUCCCUGCGGGUGUUAACUGCACUUCGCCUCAGUCCCUGUGAGGGUUAAUAGAAGUAACAUGCGCCUGCUCUUACUGAAGAUACUUCGGUAAGUCUUCUGCGCGGUGAGCCCAUCUUGUCACCUCUCCCACCAUCGCUGGAGGAAUGGGUGUAUGUCCAUACUGCCAUGAUUUGGAGGGGGUGAUUCUUCCCCUCCCCCCCACCAAAAAAAAAGAAGUGCAAGGUGUCCUAACACAAAUGGUUGAGGGUUUCCACUUGGGAGGCUGGGUUGUACUGGCUGCACCAGCUCUGCUGGUAUUCUGUAGCAUUCAAUGGAAUUGUCAGUAAUUCCUUUAUUCCUAGCUGCUGGAUACAGAAGUAAUCUCCCUUCCGUGUGUGUGUGUGUGUGUGUCCACAGCUUUGUACAGUGUGUGAGAUGCAUGUGUGCAUACAUAGGUGUGAGUGUUUGGAAGGUUGAAUGUGCUCAUGUACAGCUCCAUGUGCAUUUGGACAGUGUGAAUGCUUGGUUGUAUGUUUAUGUACAUAUGUGUGAGUCCGUGUGUACCUAUGUGAGACUGUGUGUGUGUAUCUGUGCACCAGAGACUGCACUUAUACAUGUGCUGGAAUGCAAGCAGGGGACUCUGCCGUGCAUGUGCCCUGUGACGGGUUUCAGUGGCACCUCUGGAAGACAGAAAGCCUUGCACCUGCUGUACAGAGCCCCUCCCACCCUUUUGCAAGUCUGGAUGUUGUUGUAGGGCAUGCAGCAGUCAGUCUGCACACAGCAUGAUCCCACAAACAGCAACACGAUAACGAAGGUACACUGGCCUUCAUCAGUCAGGGCACUGAGUAUGAAAGUUGGGAGGUCAAGGUGCAGUUGUACAGGACGCUGGUGAGUAUUGUAUUCAGUUUCGGUCGCCUACUCUAGGGAAGACGUUACUCAACUGGAACGAGCACAGAAAAGAUUUAUGAGGAUGCUGCCAGGACUCUAGGGCCUGAGUUAUAGGGAGGGGUUGGACAGGCUGGGACUUUAUUCCUUGGCGUGUAGGAGACUUGAGAGGUGACCUUAUAGAGGCGUAUAAAAUCAUGAGGGGCAUAGAUAGGGUAAAUGUACUCAGUCAUUUUCCCAGGGUUGGGGAAUCAAGAACUAGAGGGCACAGGUUUAAGGUGAGAGGGGAGCGAUUUAAUAGGAACCUGAGGGGCUUUUUACACAAGGGUGGUAUCUAUGUGGAACGAGCUGCCAGAGGAAGUGGUUGAGGCAGGUACAAUAACAACUUUUAAAAGACACUUGGACAGGUCCAUGGAUUGGAGAAGGUUCUGGGCCAAACGCUGGCAAAUAGGAUGAGCCUGGAUGGGGCAUCUUGGUCAGUUUCUGUGCUGUGUGACUCGAUGACCAGGGGGUCUUCUUUACCAAGGUGGAGUGUGGGACUGGGGAUAAUCUCCGGCCCUUCUCCCAGCUAGUAUACUGGGAUCUUUUAGACCUGCCAGGGAGUUUACGUCUCACCUAAAAGGGGGCAUCUCCAACAGUGCAGUACUCCCUCAGUCCUGCACUCGUGUUGUGGCCUGGAUUUCUGUGGUCAGUCUGCUUGAACCCUUGAUGGACAGGAACUAGUGCUGUUAGUUGCCUGCAGCCCUGGGGAAUAUGUGAUUGUACGGAGCUUGAGAGAGUUGGAAUUGGUUUAUUAUUGUCACAUGUACUGAGCUACAGUGAAAAGCUUUGUUUGCGAGCCAUCCAGACAGAUCAUUCCGUACAUCAGUACAUUGAGGGAGUAAAAAGGAAAACAGAAUGCAGAAUGUAGUGUUACAGUAACAGAGGAAGUGCAGUGCAAAGACCACAACAAGGUAGCUUGUGAGAUCAAGACUUCACCUUUUGUGUGAGAGAGUUCCGUUCAAGAGUCUGAUAACAGUGGGACAGAAGCUGUCCUGGAGCUCACUGAUGUGAGCACAGCUAGAGUCGCCACCUGAUACCUGGUGAGACAUAGACCCCUGAGUGUUUUGGGGAAGCCUGUUUUAGCUUCAUAAGCCCUUGGGGAAACCUUAGCAACUUAUUGCAGGCAUCAGUUACAUUUCUGGUGGUAGUAAAAAUCUGGAUCCCAAGCAAAACCUUGUGGGGAGAUCUGAAGUAAAUUUAAAAAUGAGGGAAGGACUCGGGCAGCAUCUGCGGAGAGCCAAUGUUCUGAUGAAAGGUCAGAAACGUUAACUCUGUUUCUCCACAGACGCUGCCUGACCCGUCUGCACACACGUGUACGUGUCCAUUGUGUGCAUGUGCACAUUUGCUCUGUGCACAUGUGCACACAAGCAGAAACAUCAAAACAUGCACACGUCUGCUGCAUGCACCUUUGUGUUCAUGCGCAUGUAUAUGCAAUGUGUACACAUGUAUAUAUGCUGUGUGCACAUGCAUGUAUAUUCAGUGUGUAUGUUGCGUGUGUGUGUGUGUGUGUGUGCAUGUGCGCGCCUGGUCCCUCCCUGUACCAGCACUGGUUAUUUUGCAAGAAUGCCUCUUCAAUUCAGACGAGGGUUGUCAAAGUGGCCCAGUGAUAACUGCCUCUUGUUGAAGCUAAAUCUUCAUUUGGUCGCCAUACCUUGCAUUUGCUCCCUCCAGUUACUUAGCUCCCUUCCCUCACUGUCAGUAAUAACGAUUUAUCUAUUUAUUGAUUGAUUGAGUGAAAGGUUAUUUAUUUCCAUGGGAAGGAGUUGCACUGCCUGUACCUCAGCCUAGCUCACAGGCGUUCGCUUUACCCGUGCUCUCUCAGCCUCGCUGUAAGUUCCAAGGCUGGACUGUCCCGUCGGUAACUGCACGGCCUGUGCGCACCGCCCCCUGCACCAGGGCUCAGUCUGCCACAGGCGCUGUGAAAGAUGCCACCCCUUGUGUACGGACACAGCCCAUGAUCCCGUGUACAAGGGACCGUGGCCUCUCCACAGCCCUGCCCUGCACAUCGGGACAAAGCCUGUUGAAAAUACCACCUGCAAGGGCAUAGGCCGAGGUUCCUUGUCUAAGGCUGCAGCCUGCCCAAAGUGCCACGAGUUCUAAUGUGCCAUAGCCCCCGGUUAUACGAGCCCAAGUGUGCGUGCACACCGGCAACGUUUCCUGUGUUAAAUCUAUUCUGAAAUACAUCUGUGCCAAAGUCAGCCAUACAGUGGCUGCGCUCCAUGUGUCAGCAGAGAGAUUCGUUCGCCAUUUGGGCUCCAGUCACGUCAUUAGCCCGUCAGUCUCUGCUGAACACUGCCCGGUGUCAGAGCCCUCUCGCUCAGGGCUGUAGGUUCCCAAGUCCCAUCCUCACCACAGGCAGCCCCUCCCCAGGUCACCAUGGUUGGAUCUUGCCCUGCUCGAUCAGAGCGCCAGCCCGGUGCUGCUGAAGCCCGGGGUGGCAGCUCCCACUCACCGGCCCUGGGGAGCCGAUAAGAGAUCCAGCAACCAAGGACAGGGUUAACCCAGACAUCUUUGGUUUGGUGAUUGACCCUGUCUCGAGAAACAACGUGCCAGCUUGUCGGACAUCCCGCAAUCGCCCAUCGACACCACCCACCCCACCCCACCCCACCCCCCAAAGUGACAAAGUUCGCAGUCCGAGCGCUGGACGAAGGAAUGCGUUCAAAGCCUCAAGUCGCCUUUCACUCCUGCGACGUCACUUUGGGAUCCUUGGGCGGAUUCCCAAGCGCUCUGGUGACACGCUGGGGAACAGCCUGCCGGCGGUUAAAGGUCCAUUCCCUGCUCUCAUUCCCUGCCCCGGGGUUCCAUCCAGACAGGGCCAAUGGAAGGGGUCAGGGGCAUUAGCGAAACAUCAGAUCAGUGCAAACUUUUUUUAAAAGAAAUAUUUAUUAACGGGGAGGGGUGUGGGGCAAGGUGGAGCAAAACUUAAAAAUUACAGCCAGCAGUUCCAAGGGUGCUCGGUCUCACUGAGAGGUGGUGGUUUCAGCCGAGGUUUGGAACACGCUGCACACUGGCCUAAUCUAUCAGUGUGCUGACACACCUGCCGAGUGUGUCUCAAUAAAAGGGCUUCAGAGUGUGAAUGUAUCCUAAUGCAGGAAUGUAGAAACUCUCAACAAUGAAAAAAAUAAAUUCAGAUAUCAUCUGUUUGAUAAUGAAUAUUAAUAACCUCUGUCACCAUUCCUCAUGUAUCGAGCUAUUACCGUGUAAAAGGGAUGCGUCUCUUUGCUUAUCUCAGUACACAGCUGAUGAAUAAGUACUCCUAUUUUAUUGCAUAUCUUGUAAAGUGUACAUAUACAGGGAGAACAUUCCACGAAUGCUUUGUGUACAGGAAAUAAAUAAUAAUGAAUAA